GGGCGUGUGACGUCACGCCGUGCGCCCGGGUGAAGAGCUGCUGUGGCGGUUAUCGCGGGGUCUCCGCGCCGUCGCCAUGGGUCCGCGGGUGCAGCUCCCGCCCGAAAUUCAGCUGGCGCAGCGCCUGGCGGGGAACGAGCAGGUGACCCGGGACCGGGCGGUGAGGAAGCUCCGGAAAUACAUCGUCGCCAGGACCCAGCGGGCGGAAGGUGGCUUCACUCAUGACGAGCUACUGAAGGUGUGGAAAGGACUGUUCUACUGUAUGUGGAUGCAGGACAAGCCGCUCCUCCAGGAGGAACUCGGCAGGACCAUUUCCCAGCUCAUCCAUGCUUUCCAGACCACAGAGGCACAGCACCUGUUCCUUCAGACGUUCUGGCAAACCAUGAACCGCGAGUGGAUGGGCAUCGACCGGCUGCGCCUGGACAAGUUCUACAUGCUCAUGCGGAUGGUCCUGUGCCAGUCCCUGGAGGCCCUGAAGACGCGGCGAUGGGACGAGAGGCAGACCGGGCAGCUCCUGGAGCUGCUGACCACGGAAAUCCUGCAUCCUGACAGCCAGGCCCCCAAUGGGGUGAAGAGCCACUUCAUCGAGAUCUUCCUGGAGGAGCUGACCAAAGUGGGCGCCCACGAGCUGACGGCGGACCAGAACCUCAGGCUCAUCAGUCCCUUCUGCACGAUCGCCGCCCAGACUCAGGACUCCCUGGUCUUGCACAACAUCACACGAGGCAUCUUCGAGACGAUCGUGGAGCAGGCCCCGCUGGCCGUGGAGGAGCUCAUGAAGGAGCUGGAGGAGGAGGAGGAGGAGGAAGAGGAGGAGGAGGAGUCGGAGUCGGCAGAGGGGGAGGAGCUGUCGGAGGGGGAGGAGCAGGGGCAGGACCAGGACAUGCCGUCCAGGAAGCCCCCUAAAGGCUGCGUCCGUGGGGCUGCCGGCCUGGGCGAGGAGCAGGUGGCGCACGACGACGAGGAGGACAGCACUGGCACCGUCCUCCAGUUCGACUAUGAGGCCGUCGCCAACAGACUGUUCGAGGCGGCCAGUCGCCAGGACACCCCUCCGCAGAACCGGAAGCGCCUCUACAAAGUGGUCCGGAAGUUGCAGGCCCUCUCGGAAGGCUUCUUCCCUGAAGACGAGGUCCCGGAAAAAGCCUACAGGAACCCACGGGGCGGGAGGAGGGUGCGGAUGAAGAAACGCGUGUCCGAGGCCCGGCAGCAGGAGCAGACAGGGAGAGCUGCAGAGGAGGCCUCGUGCCCACACCCGAGCCCCGGACCCGUGAGGAAGAGGCGGAGCAGCACAGGGGUGGAGCUCGCCGUGCCCCGGGAGCAGCCCAGGGGCCGUGGCAGGAGAGGGGCCCCCAGGAGGCAGCGACGGCCUCGGGCGGGGGCCAGCGCGAAGGUGGCGGACAGCCAGGCGCCUAAGGCAAAAAGGAAGCGAACCCUGGAGGGCCAGAAGUGAUGCCUACCAGGCCCACGGGGAGGAGGAGGAGCGGACAGGACCGUCGGGCCAGGUCCCCGAGACUGUGGACACCGACUGCAUCCUGACCUACUGUGUCGGGAAGCAACAGAGGUCAGGACUGACGGGGGUCGGGCCCUCGCGUAGCGCCCGUGUCCCAGAAAGUGCUGCGGCUGUGCUGACCGCGGUCAGGCCGGCCAGCCCCCGGGACUGCAGGCUCCCCAAGGACACCCUCCCCGGGCAGGGGACCAGCCGUUCGCCGGGUGUCCGUAAAUAAAGUGCCACGCGGUGCCUGCAAAGCAGUCCUGCCCUGGUGUGUUCCCGCGGGUCUCCGGUGGCGUUUGUGUUUUACACGCAG